CCAUUGGAGUCCCCCCACGCAAUGUGAGCCAGAUACAAACAACACCUUUUCCCUUUGACCUUGGCCGGGCUAGCCCCUAAGUCCUUGGGGGUAGUUUCCGCCAGGGGGUUUCCGUAACUUCUGUAUUGGUCCGUGUUUACCACCCACCCCCUUUGUUCAAUUCGAAUUAUCUACAUCAGAACCACCUAUUUCUAUAGGACUUUCAGCAGUAGACCCUUCAGAAUUGGUCUCCGAAGCUGAAUUCUCUGCCUUAGCCCCCCCAGCCAGCUUUGACUCGGUGCAUUCAUAGCACCUCUACACAAGCGUUGUGCAAGUCUUUUUUCACUGUGUAUGUGAACCACAGUGCUGAGGAUCACAGAAUUGAAGAGAGUAAAGAAAACGCAUCAGAAUUGAAUACAUGGUGCCCAAAUAUAUCGAGGGGGUUGGGUGGCAUACAUUGGUUGUAUGGAGAAUACGGAAACCCCCCCUGGCGGAAACCCCCCCCUCCAACUUAGGUUAUGGUUGGUACGACUGGCCCGUUGAUAUGGCCGGCAGAACCAGUCUUUUUACCUUUCUACCCUAAUCCUCUACCGAUUAAGACCUAUUCACACUACAUUCAAGACGCAAUCCAACAGCCCGAGCAUGCACCUGAACUCACACCAACAGAAGGAGCCUCGGGAACGGAGGUCUCUAGAAAUAGAGAUCUUGUGAAGGGAGUAGUCCACGUCCAGAAAAGUCGAGGGGGAGGAAGAGGCUGGUGUCGAUGUUGAUGAUCAUGAUCGUGUUGUUGUCUCCGGGAGAUGUUUCGUGGACGCGUCAACUACAACAAAUGAACACGAGUUCUCGCGACCCACAUCGCAAGAUAUCGCUUGACCACCUCAUACAGCUCCUAGAAAACAGGGUGGACCAGCUACUUGUUAAACCGAUUUAUGCUUCCACUUUACAACAAAUUCUACCACCAUCACUACAGCACCGCCUUUCCAAAAUCAACCCGCUUCAACAUAACCACACCAAUACCCCAUACCCAGCAAACUCCUCCGCAGUUAUAGACUUACGGUUGAGAUCCGGGCAGCUUCGAUCCAUUCGUCUUAGGGGACCGGAUCAAUACCGUCGAUACUGCCGAACCGUUCGGGAAUUGCCGCAAUCCGGCGAUCAAGAAAACGCAGCCUUGUCCUCUCUACAUCCCGAGAUCCAGGGGCGCAUAGGGAAUUCAGCAGCCCGGCCUCCUGGUAUACCCUAUGGAGGUCUAAGAGUCAGUACCGAGGGUAGGUUUGUCAGGAGGAUUUUAUCUCCCGAGUCUGUGUUAUUCAACCACCACACUUUCAAAAGACCUAGAGUCUAAUCCUACUGUCCUACUCUCAGCGGCUAGACUGUUGCCCUUCCACUAUUUUCAUCGGGGGAUUAGUCCAUUGCCGUGGACGUAUCUGACGGAGAGCGGGAGGAUCAAUGCACGGAGGAAAUUUAAAGAGACAUUGCUCUUGCAGGCCUCUGCGUGCUCGGUAGGGCCCGUAGGGGAUAGAAUAUAUGGCAAGAGAGUGAGCCCUUGCUACCAUGUAUGGCAUUAGCUAGCUUCAUGACCAACAGCAGGCACCCCAAGUUUAAUGGUGUAUAAGAAUAACAAUAAUAAUAAUAAUGAGUGCUAGGCC